AUUAGCAUCACAGCUAAACAACUCGCAGACUGGACCGGUGAUGCCGAGUCGGAUGUCACUGAGGCGCACGAAGCAAAGGCAGUCUUAUUACAGAAAUUUAAGUUCAUCAUCGCAAUCCAAUUCUUUAAAUCAAAGAGCCGAGCAUCAAGAUGUACCAAACCUAACUCAAGAGCAGAAAAUUCCAAAAUAUAAAGGCACUGAAACCAUAUUGAAAGACAUUGAAAACACUCUGCUAUCGCCCGUUAAACUCAUAGAGCAAGGUUUUAGAGAAAAAGCCAAGAGUUUGGGGGCAGCAGAGAGUGUCAUCGAACCAAAAGUUCUGGAAAAAUUGAGGCAUAAAUUCAGAAAACCCAAGCCACUGAGUGAGAAAAGAAAGAUUGUGGACGGUAUAUUAGAAGACUUGGUGAGCGACAUAAUUAUUCAGAAAAAACCUAAAACCAAAGAACCGGUCCGAGCGUGGUUCUCUCCAAAGAAGGACACUACAAAAAUCACUGAAGAGAAUCAGCUACCCCCUCUAGAUACUAAAGAACCAGAGACAAACAAAAACCUUGAAGAAUCAAAAAGCAAACCACAGACAAGCGAAAACGACAUUACAAAGUCAAAUGACGUCAUCAUAGAUAACCCUGCAAGCUCCUUCGAACUACCCUCAUCAAUUGAGACCAUAGACACCAGCCCACCCGACGACAUUGCCAUAGACAAUGCGGCUGAUAACUCUGAAAAUGAAUCGGUAGCUGGUAGAAGGAUACUGAGACGGACGAAGCAAAGACAAUCUUAUUAUAGAAACUCGAGUACAUCAUCACAAAUAAACUCAUCCUCAGAAUCAAAGCCUGAGCAGCAAGACUUACCUACCCUAGAGAGCAGUCGUGAAGAAUUAAACUUGAAAACACCAAAAAGAUACACAAAAGCAGCGGAACGAUCAUCAAAAGAUAUUGAGAACACAAUGCUGUCACCAGUAACAUUGAUUGAGCAAGGAUUCAGAGAGAGCAUUGAGAGUUUGGGCACGGACAAGUUGGAAAUUGCACCGAACGUUCUGGAAAAAUUGAGACAUAGGUUCAGGAAACCUAAGCCAAUGAGCAGAAAGAGGAAGAUUAUGGAUGGCAUCUUAGAAGACUUAGUAAACGACGCAAUGGAACAGAAUAAAACACAGACUAAAGAGCCGGCCUCUCCUUUAAAAGACGCUAUAGAUAUAACUACAGAAGAUCAGGAACCAAAACUCGAAUCACCACAACGAGAAAUUCAACAAGAAUCUCUCACCAAUACAAGCCUUGAAAAAUCGAACACAGAAUCAUUACAAACAGAAAACAGCCCGGAUACUGAAGGUCAGAAGUCAAACGAAGUCAUAGAUAUUGACACAGACGAUGACUCCAGAAGCACAUUUGAGUUACCCCCAGAGUUCAUAGCUGAUGACAGUAACAGUGUACCAAUAUUUGAUACCCCAAAAAAGUUAAAAACCGUUGAAAUACAAAAGGAUUCGAGCAUGGAGAUAUCAGAAGACAACAAUGUCAUCAACAUAGAUCUGGUACAGAUUGAGAAUGCAAAUGAUGUGGUACUGAAAUUUACAAACGUUAAAAGUCCGGCUAAAAAUGAAUUCUGUGCGUUCAAAUUUAGUCCAAGAGAUAAGGAAUCUUUGGAGGAAAAUACUGUUGAUAUUGAUUUGGAAAGCUUCAAGAGUCAGUACUUGAAUGAGGUAGAUAGAGAUUUCAAAUGUACGUUCAGUCAUAAGCAUAGUGAUUGCAACUCGAACUCUAGUACUAUAAAACUUAAAACAGCCAUAGAUUUCGCUUUGGAAGCUGCCAGUAAAGAAAAGAAAGUGAAAAUCAAAUCGAAGAAGAAAUCUAAGAGAUCGGAGGGUCCCGAAGAAAGAAAGUCAAAGAAAAAUCAAAAGAGAAAACGCUUGAAGCUGGUAUACGUUUGGAAAUCAGAUCCAACGUUGAAUUUAAGCCCAUCCAAAUCGGAACCACAGAAAACUCUAAAGCAGUAUGUAUUAAAAUAUGCUGAUAAGAAGUCCGGAGAAGUGAUAGGCAAGCCUGAAAAAGAUGUGACACCGAUAAAGAAGAAACACUUCAAGAAUGAACGGUCUCCGGACAAUUUGAUACAGACAUCCAUUCAGAGCUUUUUUAAAUUGAAAUCAAAUGAAAAAUAAGUAUUUUGGAUCUACAUAAGUAUAUUUUGUGAUUAUGA